CCGAAGCCCAGCUGCCACCCUCCCUCCCUGUCUGACUGGGACCUAAAGUAAACGGGGAUCCUGCGGGAAGCCCCUUCCCCUCCGCCCGGCCAAGUGGCACACCGUGUGUGUGUGUGUACGUGACGGUCGGAAUCAGAAGUUGCCCACGGGCCGUGUGUGCCUGGUGUUCGUGGAGCUGGAGUCCGGGGCGGCUUCACUGCAACCGUGUGUAGAGUGCACCAUUCUCCACAUCACGGAGCAACCCAUCACCUGCGGCACCGCUGCUCUUCCCGGUGUUAUUUUCUAAGUGCUUAUUGAAAGAUCCUGCCGUGAAGGCCCUUCAGUUCUGAAGACUGAUUUGAUUCACAGAGGACGUUGAGAUUGAACCCGUUUGCAUGGCGUGGUUUGGGUUGCAGCCGUUCAUGUCAUCUUGCCUCCUGGGCCUAGCCUCAGUAAUGCUACUAAUGCAUCCGGCUUCUGUAGACGCUGAGACCCCUGGACCUACAAGUUCUCCAAAGCGAAAUAACUCCUGCGCGGGGAACUAUGAAUGUAAGCAAGGAGUUAUCUUGCCAAUAUGGUACCCAGAAGAUCCAUCUCUUGGCGAUAAAAUUGCCAGGGUUAUUGUUUACUUUGUGGCAAUGAUUUACAUGUUCUUGGGAGUUUCCAUUGUGGCAGACCGCUUUAUGGCCUCGAUAGAAGUGAUCACCUCACAAGAGAAAGAAAUCACCAUCAAUAAGCCCAACGGAGAGACAAACACCAUGAUGGUUCGAGUCUGGAAUGAUACUGUGUCCAACCUGACCCUUAUGGCAUUAGGGUCAUCUGCUCCGGAAAUCAUGCUCUCCUUGAUCGAGGUUUGCGGCCAUGGGUUUAGAGCGGGUGUAUUGGGCCCAAGCACCAUUGUGGGCAGUGCUGCUUUUAACAUGUUCGUUAUUAUCGCCAUAUGCGUGUACUCCAUUCCCGAUGGCGAGUCCAGGAAGAUAAAACACUUGCGUGUGUUUUUUGUCACUGCCGCUUGGAGCAUCUUCGCCUAUAUCUGGCUGUACAUGAUCCUUGCAGUCUUUUCUCCCGGCAUCGUGCAGGUGUGGGAAGGGCUGGUCACCCUCGCGUUUUUCCCAAUCUGCGUGCUGCUCGCCUGGAUUGCGGACCGCCGACUCCUCUUCUACAAGUACGUGCACAAGAAGUAUCGCACCAACAAGAACCGUGGGCUCAUCGUCGAGACGGAGGGCGAGCACCCCAAAGGCAUCGAGAUGGACGGCAAGUUGGUGAACUCGCACUUCGUGGACGGGACGCUGGUGACUGUGGAAGGGAAAGAAGUGGACGAGUCCCGCAAGGACAUGAUCCGCAUCCUUAAAGACCUGAAGCAAAAGCAUCCCGAGAAGGACCUGGAUCAGCUGGUGGAGAUGGCUAACUACUACGCCCUCUCCCACCAGCAGAAAAGCAGGGCCUUCUACCGCAUCCAGGCCACCAGGAUGAUGACAGGAGCGGGCAAUAUCUUGAAGAAGCAUGUGUCCGAGCAGGCCAAACGAAGUGCGAGCUUGCUGGAGGUGAGGCCGGACAGCCCCGAGGACCUGUGCUCCCGCAUCUACUUCGACCCUUGUGCCUACCAGUGCCUGGAGAACUGCGGCGCCGUGACCCUCACCGUGGUGCGCAGAGGAGGAGACAUCUCGCACACCGUGGCCGUGGACUACAAGACGGAGGACGGCUCGGCCAACGCCGGGGCAGAUUACGAGUUCAGCGAAGGGACGCUGGUCUUCAAGGCGGGCGAGACGCAAAGGGACAUCACCGUGGGCAUCAUAGACGAUGACAUCUUUGAGGAAGACGAGCAUUUCUUUGUGCGGCUGGGCAAGGUGCGGGUGACACGGCAGGAGGAAGCCCAGGAGCCCAACAGUGCGCCGCCCUACCCGAAGGCUUUAAUCGUCUCCCCGCUCGUUGCCACCGUGACUAUUUUAGAUGAUGACCACGCGGGUAUCUUUACGUUUGAGACCGACGUCCUCCAUGUGAGUGAGAGUGUCGGAGUGAUGGAGGUGAAAGUGCUGAGAACAUCAGGGGCCCGCGGGACUGUCAUUGUCCCCUUUCGGACGAUAGAAGCGACGGCGAAAGGGGGCGGCGAGGACUUUGAGGACACCUACGGGGAACUGGAGUUUAAAAACGACGAGACUCUCAAAAGAGCUCAGAUCAAAAUAAUUGAUGAUGAGGAGUAUGAGAAAAACAAGAAUUUCUUCAUUGAGCUGAUGGAGCCACGCAUGGUGAAUAUGAGUUCACAGAAAGCUCUCUUGUUGGCACAUCAAGAUGACACUAACCGGAAACUGUCAAUCGAGGAGGAGGAAGCAAGACGCAUUGCAGAAAUGGGGAAACCCAUUUUGGGUCUACAUCCCAAAUUGGAGGUCAUCAUCGAGGAAUCUUAUGAAUUCAAGAGCACAGUGGACAAGCUCAUAAAGAAGACCAACCUUGCCCUUGUGGUGGGAACACAUUCCUGGCGGGAUCAGUUCAUGGAGGCCAUCACAGUCAGUGCAGGUGAUGAAGAGGACGAAGACACAGGGGAGGAACGGCUGCCGUCCUGCUUCGACUACGUGAUGCAUUUCCUGACCGUCUUCUGGAAGGUUCUGUUCGCCUGCGUGCCUCCCACUGAAUACUGGAAUGGAUGGGCCUGCUUUCUAACGUCCAUUCUCAUCAUUGGCAUCCUGACGGCCGUCAUUGGAGAUCUGGCCUCCCACUUUGGCUGCACGAUUGGCCUGAAGGAUUCAGUCACGGCAGUGGUGUUUGUAGCUCUCGGCACCUCCGUACCUGAUACCUUUGCCAGCAAAGUGGCAGCCUCCCAAGACCACUACGCGGACGCCUCCAUUGGGAACGUGACUGGAAGCAAUGCGGUCAACGUGUUUCUGGGCAUUGGGUUGGCCUGGUCCAUCGCUGCCAUCUACUGGGCGAACCAGGGAAAGGAGUUCCGUGUGGAAGCCGGCAGCUUGGCCUUCUCCGUCACUCUCUUCACCAUCUUUGCGUUCGUCAGCGUGAGCAUCCUGCUCUACAGGAGGCGGCCGCACAUCGGGGGGGAGCUCGGGGGUCCGCGGAGAUCCCGUAUCAUCACCGUCAUGUUAUUUGGGGGAUUGUGGUUAUUGUACAUUCUAUUCUCCUGUUUGGAAGCCUAUUGCUACAUAAAGGGGUUCUAAAGGAAAGGAGGUGCGCGCUACCCCCAAAGAGACACGUCACUUGAAUCUCUUCGAACACAAUGCAAUACUUGCCAACGAUAUUCUACUCUUGAAAGAAACAUUGGAGGCGGGUCCCAGUGAAGAGGGCAGCUCAUGCCCCAUAAAUCGAAACAAAAACACAACAUUUUGUACAGGACAGUCCUGUGUCUUCUGCAGUCGCUUCUGAGCUUUCUUGCCUUACUGAAGGGUUUUUAUUGAAACUAAUGUCGGAGGAGGGGUGGGGUGGAUGGUGCUUCGAUCCUGUUGGGCUUGCGUGAAACGGGCUGGAUGAUGGAUUGUUUAAUUGAAGUAUCAAAUGCGGACAGACAGAAGAGCGAUGAGAACUGCCCCUUGCCGUGCGUCCAAAGGUAUUAUUGUGUUCAGUCCUUCCUUCCUCUUGAAGUUAAUCCGCCCAAAACAAGCAGUCGUGUACAACAAACUUACAUCAUGGCCUGGCAGUAGGAUUUGCCUGAACGCAGGCCUACUGCAAAUGCUGUGUAUUUUGGAACUCUGUUUUAAUGUAUCUUGCUUGCACCAUAACAAAUGGAAGAGCCAAAGCAAGUGCAUGGAAGGUGUUUGGAGGCAAAAGCUGAACUCGCCCUCCUUCAGAAUACUUGUUCAGUUCUUUUUGAAGGGCUGGUUUUACUAACUUGGUGCACCAGGUUUUAAUGUUAAUACUGCCUCGCCAUUUUAAAUCAUUCCCAUAUUAAGCAAAGGACAGGUGCCAUCCAGAGUCCAGAGCAUUGAUUUGCCCCAUAAUUGAUCCUAAAAGUUGGAACGUUGAUUAAUUUAUUGAAAGAUACGGCGUGGAAACAGGCCCUUCGGCCCACCUAAUCCAUGCCGCCCAUCAAUCACCCGUUCAUACUAGUUCUAUGUUAUCCCACUUUCACAACCACUCCAUAC